CAUCUAGACGGUGGACAUACACAAGGAGAAGGUGGCGAGGCGAGAGAUUGGCAUCCUGACCACCAACAAGAACACGUCGCGCACACACAAGAUCAUUGCCCCCGGCAACAUGGAGCGGCCGGUCCGGUACAUCAGGAAGCCCAUCGACUACACGCUGCUGGACGACGUGGGCCACGGUGUCAAAGUAAGAGUCCCCUGUAUUUUAAAGUAGAAACCAUGGUGUCUAAGUAAGAGUCCCCAGUAUGUUAAAGUAGAAGUCACAGUGUCUAAAUAAAAGUCCCCAGUAUGUUAAAGUAGAAGUCACAGUGUCUAAGUAAAAGUCCCCUGUAUGUUAAAGUAGAAACCACGGUGUCAAAGUAAAACAUUUACAUUACAUUUUAGUCAUUUAGCAGACGCUCUUAUCCAGAGCGACUUACAGUUAGUGAAUACAUUUUAUUUUAUACUGGCCCCCCAUGGGAAACGAACCCACAACCCUGGCGUUGCAAACGCCAUGCUCUAUCAACUGAGCUACAUCCCUGCCGGCCAUUCCCUCCCCUACCCUGGACGACGCUGGGCCAAUUGUGCGCCGCCCAUGAAUCUCCCGGUCGCGGCCGGCUGCGACAGAGCCUGGAUUCGAACCAGGAUCUCUAGUAGCACAGUUAGCACUGCGAUGCAGUGCCUUAGACCACUGCGCCACUCAGGAGCUAAAAGUCCCCUGUAUGUUAAAGUAGAAACCAUGGUGUCUAAGUAAGAGUCCCCUGUAUGUUAAAGUAGAAGCCAGAGUGUCUAAUUAAAAGUCCCCUGGACUGUCUAACCAUGUUAUUACCAUUACAUUACUUCCAUUUAAUUAAUUAAAUCAAGCUAAUCAAUAAACUGCCCUUUUAGUUAGGGAGUUGGUGUGUGGGAUGGGGUGUGUGUGUGUGAAAGGAGGUAGGGGUGUGUGUGUGUGUGUGUGUGUGUGUGUGUGACGUACGUGUGUGUGAGAGAGAGACAGACGGAGCUUGAUCUGGGCCAAGUGCUGACGCCAUCAUAUCCCCCAUGAAUUGAGGGAAAAUAAUAUUUCAGCUCUGUUUCCGGCUCAGUAUUCAUCUUUUAUUCUCCCUCCCUUGGAUCUCUCACUGAUCACUGAAAAAUACAUUUAAAACACACCAUCUCUCUGUGUCAUUAAUAGUAAUUGUCUCUAUGGUGUGUUAUGCAUGAAGGAAUCUCUCUAUUACUCCAUAAGACUGUCUUAUAGAUAUUAUUUUCUAAAGAGGCCAUAGUCACACAUUUGUCUCAGUCUCAUGAUACACAUGCAUUGAGAUUUUGUAGCAAAACAAAUGAGUGUGUGUGUGUGAACUGCUCAUUAGCCCAGCUCAUCCUCACAGCUUAUUUCCCCCUUGUUGAGGCAGGAGGAGUUCCCGGGGGCUUGCCUGGGACCUUGAAUACCCAAUCACUCUCCUCGCCUCCCGGUUACCGUGGUAUCACCCCACCAGUCAUUACUGACAGACAGUUGCCCCUAGAGACUGAGGCGAGUGUCAGAUACUUCCCUCUGACGGCCGAGCGAGCUUCGCAACGAUUAGACUCGUCGACUGUCACCAGUUACUGUAAACCCAAGUCACGGAUUAGACCUCACUCACUGACUGAUUGGCUGACUGACUACAACAGCUAGCUUCCAGUAGAAUCCAAAUCAGGCAUUUGCCAGACAGAGCAGGUAUUAGAGGAAGCUACAUAUUGGUUAGCUGUCGUUGAUAAGGAUCAGUAUUAGGUAUUAGCUAAAUACAGAAGUCAGAUCUCUACCCUUAAACAGUGAGCUACACUAUAUAUACACACAAAAGUACAGUACCAGUCAAAAGUUUGGAAACACCUACUCAUUCAAGGGUUUUUCUUUAUUUUUACUAUUUUCUACAUUGUAGAAUAAUAGUGAAGACAUCAAAACUAUGAAAGAACACAUAUGGAAUCAUGUAGUAACCAAAAAAGUGUUAAACAAAUCAAAAUAUAUUUUAUAUUUGAGAUUCUUCAAAGUAGCCACUCUUUGCCUUGAUAACAGCUUUGCACACUCUUGGCAUUCUCUCAACCAGCUUCAUGAGGUAGUCACCUGGAAUGCAUUUCAAUUAACAGGUAUGCCUUGUUAAUUUGUGGAAUUAUUUUUCUUAAUGCAUUUGAGCCAAUAAUUUGUGUUGUGACAAGGUAGGGGUGGUAUACAGAAGAUAGCCCUAUUUGGUAAAAGACCAAGUCCAUAUUAUGGCAAGAAUAGGUCAAAUAAGCAAAGAGAAACGACAGUCCAUCAUUACUUUAAGACAUGAAUGUCAGUCAAUACAGAACAUUUCAAGAACUUUGAAAGUUUCUUCAAGUGCAGUCGCAAAAGCCAUCAAGCGCUAUGAUGAAACUGGCUCUCAUGAGUAUCGCCACAGGAAAGGAAGACCCAGAGUUAUUAGAGUUAACUGCACCUCAGAUUGCAGCCCAAAUAAAUGCUUCACAGAGUUCAAGUAACAGACACAUCUCAACAUCAACUGUUCAGAGGAGACUGCGUGAAUCAGGC